ACAGAAUUAAUGCAGAACUACGUGCAAGGUCAGGUGGUCUCGCCCACGGGCAAAUUUGAGGCCCUGCAGAGCGGAGACGGGCACGCUCUCCUCUUCGCGAUUGAUGAGGAACAAAGUGGCACUUGCCACACCGGUGGGCACCACUGGAGCCGGGAGUCCUCAGCAGAGACCGGGAGGAUGUGGCAGGCCCAGGAGAUUACCCUAGCCAGCCCCCCCGAACAGAGCGCCACCUCUUUCAUGUCGUAUACUACCGUCAUCCGGGUCACCCAGAUGGAUCAGCAGCUCUCCGCUCCACACGCCCGGUACCCCAGCAAGACAGUGGCCGGUGGCAUCCUUGGGUCGCCAGAAUUCACCCCUCUGGUCGAUCCAUCCGUCCCCGAUCGCGACGUGGGAGAUCUUUUGGGAUCGGUCCCGGGCGCCAUCAGCUCGGGCUGGGGCGACAUCUGGCAGGCAACGAAGCAUGGGGCGGGGAGUGUGGGAAGGAUGGUCUACGAUACGGCCACGAAGAAUCUACACUUCUUUGCGAAGAUCGGCGCGCAAUUUUACCAUGUUAUCUUGGACAGUUACAAUGCGUGGACCGGUGCUGGGGUAUGGAUCUUGAAGCAGCUGAACGCGACGUGGGGAAAGCUCAAGCAAUAUUUCCAAGCCAUGCUGCACUGGGAUGAUAUUCGACGGACGAAGGAUGUGAUGCACAACCUCAUUAGGCUAUGGCUGCAUGAUCAGGUCAACUACAUUCCUCGAGCGCGACAGGCGUUGGAUAGCACCAUCUUGGAGGUUGAACAGCAGGUCAACCAGUGGGCCCGCAUUCUGGGCGACCCGCCAGCCUUCGACCAGGUCGAGAAUCUCGUCCUGGAGCUGUUGACGGCGGUCGCCAACGAGGGCCAGGUGCUGGGCGCCGUGUUUAGCCACCUGCAGGAUCUGGUGCAGCAGUUUCACUCCUUGUCGGUCGUGGAGAUCCUCCAGAAGUGGGCAGCCAUCCUCGUGGAUGGCACGCUGUCUAGCGUGCAGGUUGUCGUUGACGCCCUCCUGAACGUGCUGGCUGAACUGGCCCAGGCGGCCCUUGGCGUGCUUGAUACCAAAAUCCACAUCCCCAUCAUCUCGGACCUCCUCAAUAUGAUUGGGGUGCCCGACAUCUCCUUCCUCGACCUGUUCACCUGGAUCGGGGCUGUCGCCGUCACGGUGGUCUAUAAGAUCUCGGAAGGCCACUAUCCCUUCCCGAAAGGGGACAGCGAGGUGCAGAUCCUCUCCUACAUCUCGAAGGGGUGCGGCAUCGCUCUCAAGGUUGUCUUCUGCGGUCCCGCUCAGACGAUCUUCAAGAAAAUCGGGGAGAAAGCCCCGGUCCUCCGCACCGGCAACCUCGUCGUCCAGGACUACCGCGGAACGGGGGCCUUUCUCGACGCCGUGCUAUGUCUGCACGAUGCCGUCGUGACGGCGUGGCAUUUCUACGAGCUGAGUCAGAAAACCAAUGAUACCACGCGCUCCACCGCGUUUGCGGGUGAAGCCGCCAACAUCGCAUCGUUCGCCUCGCGGAUCAGCUAUGCGUUUGCAGUCAACGACGAUGAGCAAGAUACGCGUCUGGCUUUUAUUCUCAUCAUGGGAGCCGCGAAUGAUGCCUUUGGGACGUGGAAGAUGGCUCAGGUUGCAACGGGCGCCUCGCUCUUUUGA